AAGAUGCCCACCGUCUUUAAAUUUGGUUUUGCUUGCCGUGCCAGGGGCUUCCUCGAACAACCUUCAAGCCUGCGACUUCAUCCAGCGUUCAUCCCACGACAACCUCUCAAAAGCUCCAAACCAAUCUCUCCACCACACAAAGCAAUGGCUGCCACCAACGCCAUUAUCCGCUUUGCGCAGCUUCCCGUCUUUGAGGCGGCGCUCCUCAUCUGCUACCUCGGAUGCAGUUUGACGGCCCUUGAGCCUGUUUUCUACGAUCCCGCCCUCUUCAACAUGGUCAUCGUCUUCAUCCUGGAGACGUUCCACGUCACGGUCAUCCCUGUCGCCGACGGUAUCUACCUCACCGUCAACUUCUUGUCUGCGGCUGGCGCCGACUAUCACCCUUUGUCGCCGCUCGCCUGUUCAUUCCUCCGGCUCAGUGUGCAACUUUUCGCGCACCUUCGCAAUGUCACCCUUCUUAUCCCUACGCGCGAAGGCCUCUUGUCUGAGGAGCUCUUGACUCUUGCUCAGCAAGCCAAGUUUCUGGACACCGAGCUCCCUGGACCAGCGUUGCCGCCCGGCGUGCCCGGCUUCAUGUUCCGCCGCAUUUACGAGAUACUCAGGGCCUUCCCCAACGAUACUGAAUGCUGGAACACAGCCUGGCUCAUGGAGUCUCCGAAGCUGGAGCGCAAGUUCAAAGAGCACUACGCGAGCAAAGUCUCAGACUGGGUCGGCGUCCUGAUUGACAACAUGAACAAGCCGGCUAUCCAGACCAUGGUCCUGCAGUUCCAACAUAACAAGGACGGUUUAGGCCGUUCCAUCGGAGCCGACGGAAUGCUGGUCAACGACGUCCGUGAGGUGAUCUGGGCCCGGGCCGGCUGGGUCCUCCCGGAGGCCGACACUGUUGUCCACUACUUAUAG